ACACGUCACCCAAAAAGCCACCUAGAAAACUUCACUUUCCCCUCAUCCGAUCCGAUAUCCACAAGCGGCAUGUCCUGAAACAAGGCUUCAACCUUUUGCCACGUGGAGGUUCAAUCCAAUAGCCCAUGCUUUCGGAGAACUCAUGCAGCUGCAUCCAACUAGGACCAAGACACUUUGUGGUGCACAUUCGACCUCGCUUCCCAUAUAAACGACUGCCUCGAGUCUGCACUUUUGCACCAUCUCUAUCGUAUCUGCAUUUUGAGAGACUGUGAGAGGAGAGAGGAUUACGUUAAAGAGUUCAGUUUGAGCAUACGUGACAGUGACCAUGGACGCUUGCUUCCUCACCUCAAAUUCCUUCACCAAGUCCAUCAAGAUCGUCCCUUUAGCUAAGCCCAUGUCGUCCCCCCUUCACCCCAGAUCAGCUUCUGCUCUCACCUGGGCAAAAACCUCUGGCGGCUUAUUGUCCAUAAAGUGUUGUAACUUCGAGCCCAGCUCGCCUUUCGAAGAUGUCCCCAGGAGCUUCACUAAUUCCGAUUGGCGGUCGUUCAGGGCAAGGCUCGUGGCGGGAGAAACGGCGCGGAGGCCCGAAGCGCCUUCCUCGAUGGUCGACCUCGACGCCCCGGUGGAUCGGCCGACCCCUGUCAUGAUCGGGGACAAGUGGGCCCACGUCAUCCACGAGCCCGAGCAGGGCUGCCUGCUCAUCGCGACGGAGAAGCUCGACGGGGCCCACAUCUUCGAGCGGGCCGUCGUCCUGCUCCUGUCGACUGGGCCCGUGGGCCCGAUAGGCGUCAUCCUCAACCGGCCCUCCCUCAUGUCCAUCAAGGAGUCCAACUCCGCGGUGCUCGACAUGGCGGGCACGUUCUCCGAGCGCCCGCUCUACUUCGGCGGGCCCAUCGAGGCGGGCCUGUUCCUGAUGAGAGGCGGCAACGGCGACGUCGGCAGGAGCGGGGCUUUCGAGGAGGUGAUGGAGGGGCUGUACUAUGGGAGGAAGGAGAGCGGCGGGUGCGCGGCGGAGAUGGUGAAGAGAGGGGCAGUCGGCGUCGGGGACUUCAGGUUCUUUGAAGGUUGUUGUGGGUGGGACAGGGGCCAGCUGAGCGACGAGAUUCGGGCCGGGUACUGGACCGUUGCGGCGUGCAGCCCGAGCGUCAUCGGGCUCGGCAGCAUCGGGAGCGCUGGGCUCUGGGAGGAGGUUCUUGGGCUCAUGGGCCCUAAAAAGGUUUGGUGAGAUCUUUGGAUCGCUUGGGUUUGCUAUUGAAGAUGGAGGAUGGUCCUCAGAUGCUCAAAAGAAGAGGGGGGGAGCAUGAUUGGAAUCGAGUUAUCGCAAGCUUAUGAGAAAGUCGAAUGUGUGUUGGGAGAUGUAAUGAAUGUGAAUAUUUUUAUUUUUAGACCGUGGGGAUUCCUCGUCCAUGAAUUGUUCCACAUUUAAUUAUACAGUGUAUUUUCUGCUGCCUGAGUGUGCUGUGACUAUGGAACAAGAAGGGAGGA